UCUCUGUGCGCAGGUGACGAACCACCGCAGAUCGAGACGUCUCUCUUAACUCACUCUCUCGUUUUCAUCACGUCGGAUGGAAUCCCGUCGGAUUACAAUAAGCGAGAUUACUACAAAUUACCGGCGCAUCGGCCAAUGCCAUCACCUUUUGAAUGUGGCGGCCAAAUCGUUAAUCUUACGAAUUUGAUUUUAAUUUUACAGACACGCCGGUGGGAGCGAACGGGGCUGUUGUUGUUGUUGUCGUGAGAGAUUUGGGUCGUCCGUCUGGUCGUUCGCCUGCUUGUUUGGGAAAGCUCACGGGCGCGGAGCCGAACUUAAAGUGUGAUGUUCAACGUUAUGUGAUCGGAAAGUUUCGAACUCAUCAUCGCCGCUCGCGAAAUCCGUCUCGAACUUCUCUCCCCGCGAGCAUUGCAGCGUUCGUUCGUCAACGCGCGACACAUUUGGGAUAAAUAUUUUAAAAUAAAAUCGGAACUAAUUUUUUAUUAAUAUUCGAGUGACAGUAACUCUCUUUAAAUUGAUUUUUAUUUUUUAUUUUUUAUUACUCGGCUCGGAAAUGAUUCACCUCAAUCACAAUUGCUCGUCUUCAACCGUUCCGUCUCUUUAACAAAUUCGCCACCACUUCUCUUUUCACGUCGCACCCCAUCUGAAACCAACCUCCAAUUCGGAUUUUCUCAAUCGCCGGUUUCACCACCACCACCACCGACACCGCAAAGUCCACCACGGAACUGAACAAUCCGCUAAGCUCGCUAGCUCUAAGCCGGAGCGAUCUGCAGUCACACAAACACAUAUGUCGUCUUAAUCGACAUCAUCUGAGAAAGGGAGAGACAGAUUAUUAUUAUUAUUUGUCUUGGCUUAGAUCGGGAACGAUUUUUCAUUUUUAUUUUUUUCCAUUUUUUUGACUUUGGUCCAUUUGAGCCAUCGAUCUUCUCGCUCUACGAUCGAUCCCGACCCCCCUGCCCCUUGCCCCGUCUGAUGACUCCUCGCGUCCACCUCCGCUAAGGCGCAGCUCCUCCACGGACCCUGAAGGUUGUCGUCUAAUGGGCAUCGAAGGCGGUCGCACUGCAUCCCGGAAGAUUCGGGAGCCGCGACAAUGGUCCCGCUGCCAAGGUCUGUCAUCCCUCGUCAUCGCCUCGACUCGCCAUCUUCUCCACCUCCUCCACCUCCUCCACCUCCUUCACCUCCUCCACCUCCACCUCCUCCACGUGGGCUCACGUCGUCACGGCCUCCUCGUCGACACCGCGCCGCGUCUCCGUGCCGCAGCCACGUGGCGCCUGCGGGCCUCGUCGUGUUCAUCGCCCUCGCGGCCAGCCUCGUGCAUCGGUCCCUCGGAGAUGUGGACGUUCUCCAAAGGCUAGGCUUGACGCCCAACAUCACGCUGGCGACGGCGAUGUUGCCACCCGCCAAGCCGGUGACACCUCACGGCGCCGCGCUAGCACCGCCCGGCGUCAUGCUCACCAGGAAAUCCCAGGUGGAGGCCAAGGUCUCCGACGUCGUUCCGCCAGAUUUUUUCGCUGGAAAUUUCUCCAUCGUCCUGAGCGUCCGCCCCCUGCGGCCGAGCCACGCGUUCCUCCUCAGUGUCACCGCGCCGACGGGCGGGGCGGGGGAGGCUCUCACCGCUGAGGCCCCCGCGCUCCUCUUCGGCCUGCAGCUCCUGCCGCGGAAGGUGGCGGUCCACCUGUCCAACGGGAAGCCGCUGCACUUCGGCGUAAACCUGCACGAGCCGAGGCCGCACAGCGUCGCCUUGGCCGUGACGGAGCGGAGCGUGACGCUCUACACCGGGUGCGGCCGCCAGUUCCUGCGGAGGAGCGUCAGCGCGGCCACUAGGCCCGCCGUCGGGCCCGAGGCCCUGUUCAGGCUCGGAAGGCUGUCCCGCCGCGCGGUGCCCUUCGAGGGCCUCGUUUGCCAGCUCGACCUCUUCCCCUCGGCCAACGUGGCCGCCGACUACUGCGCCGUCGUUCGCGAGGAGUGCCGAGGCGACGCCGGCGACGACGGCGGCGGAAUCGCAUCGCUCUCGCCGCCGAUGCCGGGCGAGCGGCAGCCCGGCGAAGGCUUCGCCGCAGACGCCAACGGAACGGAGGCCCGGGGGGCGGCCGCUCCCCGGGCGACGGCGCCCCCGCGGCACGCGGCGGAAGGUGGGAGGCGGUGGGGACGCGCGCCCCCGGCGGCGGCGGCCAAGCGGGCUCCGACAACGGCGAGCGAGAACCAGGCCUCGCAGAAGCCUACGGCCUCGGCGAAGAAGGAGCCGGCGGCUUCUUCGAGCGGUGGCGGCGGCGGCGACGGCACGCCGAAGAAGGCUGACAAGGUCCCGCAGUCGUCGUCAUCAACGAUCACAAAGCCGACCGCUCCUUCGGAGAAAGCGGUCGGCCGUUUAAUAUCCACCAGUCGGGGUACUACGGCGGUGGCGUCGACGGCAGUGGUGACAGUUGAGGAAAUCAACGAACCGGCGGCUCCAACGACGCCCCAAAGUCCCAGGCCCGAAGUGUCGAGCUCGCUUCGCCCGGGCGCCACCCGCGGGAGAAGCGGUACAUCCGCGAGUCCACCGGAGACGCGACAUGAAGCAGAAGGCGCUUCGGAAGGGCGGGCGGACGGCCCGCCGGGAGACGCCAUCGGUGCGGGUGACGGCGGCCUAGAGAUCCUGGGCGGCGGGGCGAGCGGCGCGACGGUCACGAGGAGCCCGGCGGAUUUCGGCAACGCGACGCAGAUCGAGACGCCCCCCCCCAGCGUCGAGACGAUGCUGGGCGGUGACGGCUACUCGUUGGGCCAUGACGCCACCGACGCCAUGGUGCUGCUGCGUGGCUUGGAGGGGCUCCAAGGCCCCCGUGGAGACCCUGGGCCUCCUGGACCGCCUGGGCCCACUGGCCAACGCGGAGUGCAGGGAAUGAGAGGACCCAACGGACUGCGUGGACCUCACGGUAAUCCUGGCGUGCCCGGUCCACCAGGCUUGAUGGGACUCACCGGUGACCCGGGCAUGGAGGCCCCUAGGGGCCCCCCAGGAAAGAAGGGCUACCCAGGACCCAUGGGUCCAAAGGGCCCUCCGGGACAAGAAGGGCAAAGCGCGUGGCCUGCCCCCCGCGUCACCUGGAGCGGCCCCAACGGCACCAUCGGCCCCGACUCCUCCGCCAGGCUCCGCGUGCUCGAGGACGGGAGCCUGAUGUUCGCGUCCGUGGCGAGCGGAGACGCGGGCAGCUAUUCCUGCACGGCGCACAAUGUGCUGGGACAGGCGCGGAGCGCUGGGACACUCACCGUGAAAGAGGCGACCCGCAUCACGGCUGCCCCCAGCGGGGGGCUGGUGGCGUUCGGCCACCGGGCGGUGUUGUCGUGCCGCGCCUCCCACGACCCCUCGCUCCGCGUCGCCUUCCUGUGGAGCCGCGGCGAACACCACCUCGGAGGCAGCGGCAGGAGGGAGCAGUUCACGCACGCGGGCAUGGGGAGCUCCGCGUCCGAUCUGGUGCUGAAGCCGGUGAGCCCCGCCGACUCGGGGCCCUACGCCUGCACGGCGCGCACAGACGUGGACAGUGCCACGGCCUCCACGUGGCUCAACGUCACCGGCCCUCCGGACCCGCCGCGGUCCGUGGUGGCGACAGACGUGACCACCACCUCGGUCUCCCUGUCUUGGGUCCCCGGCUUUGACAACUACAGCCCCGUGACGGCCCACAGGGUGGAGAGCCGCUGCGGCCACUGCGGCCGCUGGGCGACCGCCACGACCGAGCCGGCGAUCAUCGCGGCCGACAGGAACGGUGCCCGGGUCACGGGGCUGACCCCUUGGACGGAGGCGGAGUUCCGCGUGGUCUCCAGCAACGCACACGGGGACGGCGCGCCCAGCGCCUCCUCGGGGUUCCUCCACACCCUCCCCACCGCUCCCGUGGUCAUCCCCGAGGGGCUGUCUGGGGGAGGAGGAAGUCAUCCGGAACUCGUCAUCACCUGGAAGCCCGUGGAGCGCCGCCUGCACUUCGGGCCCAGCCUGGGCUACGUUGUUGCGUUCCGUGAGAACGCCACCGCGACCCUCUGGCGCCACGUGACGGUCCCCGCGUGGAACGCGUCGCGCUACUCGCACCGCCGCUCCGACGGUGACGCAGCGCGGCCCUUCACGGCCUUCCUCGUGCGGAUCCGGGCCUUCAACGGCGCCGGCGAGGGCCCAUUCGGCAACGCCACGCUGGUGCACUCGGCCGAGAGAGCACCCAUCGUGGCACCUGUGGGCGUGCGCGCGAGGGCCCUGUCGUCAUCGGAGGUGGACAUCGCCUGGCAACCGCUUCCAGCCGCCCUGAUCAGCGAACAGCGCAUCCACGGCUAUGAGGUGGCGUACCGGCGAAGCGUGGACGCGCCGGAGGGCGCCAUAGCCCGGCUGAGGACGCCGGGCGGUGCCAAGGCCCACGUCCGCCUGCUGGGCCUUCGCGAGCACACGGAGUACGAGGUGACGGUCCAGGCCUUCAACAGCGCCGGGACGGGGCCUUCCGGCGCGGCGAGCCUGGUCACAACUAGGAAAGCACCUCCGAGCAAGCCGCCCAGAAUCACCCAGUGGCGGACGGACGGCGUGCACGUGACCCUCAGCUGGGAGCACGUCGCCCCUCUCGACAACGAGUCCGCCGUCACCGGCUACAAGGUUCGAUACCGCUCGCUGGGACAGGCGGGCGCCCGCGAGCUGCUCACCAACGAGACGCGGGUGGAGAUCCCCUUGCCGGUCGGGGGUCGUGGCGGUGGUGGUGGUGGGGGCGGUGGGGGUGGUGGUGGCACGGCGCUCGUGGUGGAGGUGCGAGCCUGCAGCGCCGAGGGCGAGGGGAGUGCCAGCACGCAAGUGCAGGUGCCGCACAGGGCGAGCUCCGGGAUGAAGCUGGGAGGAUCGUUCAGCUCGGCGGGGGUCACCACGAUGUCUGCGAGUCCGUGGGGCCUCACACUCAUCCACGUCGCGCUCGCAUCUCUCUUAGCGCGAGAGCCGUUCUCCUAG